AUGGCAAUUCCCGAAGCUACCCCUACUUACACAUCAAAAUUACGAAUUGACGCUAUUCAGACUGUCAUCCCAUCAAAGGUUGCUGGGCCGGGAUUAAGGCGCCGGAUAUCCGUAUCGGGCCCGCUUCGAUCGGAUAUAUACCGGAAGCAUAUCCACAUCGUUCUAUGCUAUAAGAAAACUCAUGAAGACGAGUGUGGGCGGAUGGUCGCCGGGUGGCUCAAGGAGUCGCUGAACUCGGUGUUGUCGGAGUAUCCAGCGUUUGCCGGGAGGCUUCGACGUGGGUCCCACGGCGAUGAUCGUGAGCUGGCGAUCGUGUUCAAUGACUCGGGCGUUAGGCUUGUGCAGGCUCAGAUGGACAUGACACUAUCCGAGUUCUUGAAUUCCAGUGAGAGAGAGGAUUCAGAAGCUGAGCUGGCGUUUUGGAAGGACGUUGAUGAAGAGAAUCCUCAGUACUCGGCAUUGUUCUAUGUCCAGGUGUGGUAUUUGAAAGUGCGGCGUAGGUUAGCAGAGUCUUGA